CACAUGCCCAGAGACUGAUGAGCACCCUUCGAGUGCGCUGCAGCGAGCGUCCACCUCUUUCCUUGUGGGCUGGAUGGGUCCUUGAGUUGUCAGUGGAGACUCAGGCCACCUGCAGUGCCCUGCCCUCACCUGGCUAUCCCACACAAGGUGAGAAUAACCAGAACUCACCUCUAGUACCAGCGCUUACCUGGAAACAUGGCUCUGAGCCUCUGGCCCCUGCUGCUGCUGCUGUCCUGUGCAGUGACUCCGGUCCCUACUGGGCCUCAGUCCCUGGACCCUGGUCUCUCCCUCCUGAAGUCAUUGCUCUCUGUUCUGGACCAGGCUCCCCAGGGGUCCCUCAGCCGCUCACGGUUCUCUGCAUUCCUGGCCAACAUUUCUUCUUCCUUUGAGCCUGGGAGAAUGGGGGAGGGACCGGUGGGAGAGCCUCCACCUCUCCAGCCCCCUGCCCUCCGGCUCCAUGAUUUCUUAGUGACGCUGAGAGGCAGCCCAGACUGGGAGCCAAUGCUGGGGCUGCUGGGGGAUGUGCUGGCACUGCUGGGACAGGAGCAGACCCCCCGGGACUUCCUGGGGCACCAGGCAGGUGUGCUGGGUGGACUUGCAGAGGUGCUGCUGGGAGCCUUAGUUCCCGGGGGACCCCCUAACCCUACCAGGCCCCCAUGCACCCGUGAUGGGCCCUCUGACUGCGUUCUGGCAGCUGACUGGUUGCCUUCUCUGCUGCUGUUGUUAGAGGGCACACGCUGGCAGGCCCUGGUGCAGGUGCAGCCCAGCGUGGACCCCGCCAAUGCCACAGGCCUCGAUGGGAGGGAGCCAGCCCCCCACCUUUUGCAGGGUCUGUUGGCUUUGCUCACUCCCAUGGGGGAGCUGGGCUCUGAGGAGGCUCUUUGGGGAGGUCUGCUGCGCACAGUGGGGGCCCCCCUCUAUGCUACCUUCCAGGAGGGGCUGCUCCGAGUCACUGACUCCCUGCAGGAUGAGGUCUUUUCCAUUCUGGGGCAACCAGAGCCUGAUGUCAAUGGGCAGUGCCAGGGAGGCAAUCUUCAGCAGCUGCUCUUGUGGGGCAUCCGGCACAAUCUCUCCUGGGAUGUGCGGGCGUUGGGCUUUCUGUCUGGAUCGCCACCUCCACCCCCCGCGCUCCUCCACUGCCUGAGCACAGCUGUGCCUCUGCCCAGGACUUCCCAGUCCUCAGCCAACAUCAGCCCUCGCCAGCGGCGGGCCAUCUCUGUGGAGGCCCUCUGCGAGAAUGCCUCAGGCCCAGCACCGCCCUAUAGCAUUUCCAACUUCUCCCUCCACGUGAUCUGCCAGCACAUCAAGCCUGUCGCCCCGCAGCCCCCUCCCAGCACCGCUGCCAUCUGCCAGACAGCUGUGUGGUAUGCAGUCUCAUGGGCACCAGGUGCCCAAGGCUGGCUCCAGGCCUGCCACGACCAGUUUCCCGAAGAGUUCCUGGAGGCAAUCUGUAGCGACCUCUCCUUUUCCACCCUGUCGGGUCCCAACCGCCGCUUGGUAAAGCGGCUCUGUGCGGGCCUGCUCCCACCCCCCACCAGCUGCCCUGAAGGCCUGCCCCCUGUUCCCCUCACCCCAGAGAUCUUCUGGGGCUGCUUCUUGGAGAACGAGACUCUGUGGGCUGAGCGGCUGUGUGGGGAGGCGAGUCUGCAGGCUGUGCCCCCCAGCAACCAGGCUUGGGUUCAGCAUGUGUGCCAGGGCCCCACCCCAGAUGUCACGGCCUCCCCACCCUGCCACAUUGGACCAUGUGGGGAACGCUGCCCAGAUGGGGGCAGCUUCCUGAUGAUGGUCUGUGCCAAUGACACCAUGUACGAGGCCCUGGUGCCCUCCUGGCCUUGGCUAGCAGGCCAGUGCAGGAUAAGUCGUGGGGGCAAUGAUACUUGCUUCCUGGAGGGGUUACUGGGCCCUCUUCUGCCCUCUCUGCCCCCACUGGGACCGUCCCCACUUUGCCUGGCCCCAGGCCCCUUCCUGCUUGGCAUGCUGUCCCAGCUGCCACGCUGUCAGUCCUCCGUGCCGGCCCCUGCCCACCCCACACGCCUACACUAUCUCCUGCGCCUGCUGACCUUCCUCCUGGGUCCAGGGGCCGGAGGGAACGAGGCCCAGGGGAUGCUGGGUCAGGCCCUGAUGCUCUCCAGUCUCCCAGACAACUGCUCCUUCUGGGAUGCCUUCCGCCCCGAGGGCCGGCGCAGUGUGCUGCGGACAGUCGGGGAGUACCUGGAACAGGAGGAGCAGCCGACCCCCCUGGACUUUGACCCCACUGCCAGCUCCAGCUCUGGUUUAAGCAAGAUGGAGCUGCUGGCCUGCUUCAGCCCUGUGCUGUGGGAUCUGCUCCAGAGGGAGAAGAGUGUUUGGGCCCUGCAGAUUCUAGUGCAGGCAUACCUGCACAUGCCGCCAGAAAAUCUCCAGCAGCUGGUGCUUUCAGCGGAGAGCGAGGCUGCUCAGGGCUUCCUGACGCUCAUGCACCGUUCCUGGGCCCAGCUGCAGGUGCCACCAUCUGAGGAGCAGGCCCUGGGUCGUCUGACAGCCUUGCUGCUCCAGCGGUACCCGCGCCUCACCUCCCAACUCUUCAUCGAUCUCUCACCACUCAUCCCCUUCUUGGCUGUCUCCGACCUGAUGCGCUUCCCACCAUCCCUGUUGGCCAAUGACAGUGUCCUGGCUGCCAUCCGGAAUUACAGCCCUGGAAUGAGGCCUGAACAGAAGGAGGCUCUGGCAAGGCGACUGCUGGCCCCUGAGCUGUUUGGGGAAGUGCCCGCCUGGCCCCAGGAGCUGCUAUGGGCAGCGCUGCCCCUGCUCCCCCAUCUGCCUCUGGAGAACUUUCUGCAACUCAGCCCUCAUCAGAUCCAGGCCCUGGAGGAUAGCUGGCCAGCGGCCGGUCUUGGGCCAGGACACGCCCGACAUGUGCUGCGCAGCCUGGUGAACCAGAGUGUCCAGGAUGGAGAGGAGCAGGUGCGCAGGCUGGGACCCCUUGCCUGUUUCCUGAGCCCUGAGGAGCUGCAGAACCUGGUACCCUUGAAUGAUCCAAUGGGGCCGGUAGAACGGGGGCUGCUGGAAUGUGCAGCCAACGGGACCCUCAGCCCACAAGGACGGGUAGCAUAUGAACUUCUGGGGGUGUUGCGCUCAUCUGGAGGAACCGUGCUGAGCCCCCGGGAGCUUCGAGUUUGGGCCCCUCUCUUCCCUCAGCUGGGCCUCCGCUUCCUGCAGGAGCUGUCAGAGCCCCAGCUUAGAGCCAUGCUUCCUGCGCUGCAAGGAACCAGUGUCACACCUGCCCAGGCUGUCCUACUGCUUGGACGGCUCCUCCCUAGGCGUGACGUGAGUAGCAGAAACUUCUCAACAUCCUCCGGAGCUCUCUGUCCCCCCCUUUCCCUGGCUCCCUCUCAGUUCCCCUCAUACCUGCCGCCUUUCUGUACUGUGAUUGUCCUCUUCCCUACCACCUGGCCCAGCUUCUUCAGGCCUCUUGUCUCUCUUGCUCCCCAGCUGUCCCUGGAGGAACUCUGCUCCUUGCACCCUCUGCUUCCAGGCCUCAGCUCCCAGACAUUCCAGGCCAUCCCUAGGCGAGUUCUGGUUGGGGCUUGUUCCUGCCUGGCCCCUGAACUGUCACGCCUCUCAGCCUGCCAGACCGCAGCACUGCUGCAGACCUUCCGGGUGAAAGAUGGAGUUAAAAACAUGGGUGCAACAGGUGCCAGUGCAGCUGUGUGUAUCCCUGGUCAGCAGCCUAUCCCCACCACCUGGCCAGAAUGCCUGCUGCCUCUGCUCCCACUAAAGCUGCUACAGCUGGAGUCUGCUGCUCUUCUGGCUGACCGAAGGCAUUACCGGGAGCUGCCCUGGUCUGAGCAGCAGGCACAGUUUCUCUGGAAGAAGAUGCAGGUGCCCACCAACCUGACCCUCAGGAAUCUGCAGGCUCUGGGUACUCUGGCAGGGGGCAUGUCCUGUGAGUUUCUGCAGCAGAUCAACUCGAUGGCAGACUUCCUUGAAGUGGUACACAUGAUCUAUCAACUGUCCACUGGGGUUCGAGGGAGCCUGAGGACCUGUAUCUGGGCAGAGCUACAGAGGAGGAUGACAAUGCCAGAGCCAGAGCUGGCAACCCUGGGGCCAGAACUGAGUGGGCUGGACACCAAGCUACUCCUGGACUUACCGGUCCGGUUGAUGGACAGACUGUCCAGUGAAUCCAUUAUGUUGGUGGUGGAGCUGGUACGAGGUACUCCAGAGCAGCUGCUGGCACUGACCCCACCGCACCGGGCAGCCCUGGCAGAAAGGGCCCUACAAAACUUGGCUCCUAAGGAGACAACAGUGUCAAGGGAAGUGCUGGAGACAUUGGGUCCCUUGGUUGGAUUCCUGGGGAUAGAGAGCACACGACGGAUCCCCCUACAGAUCCUGCUGGCCCAUCUCAGUCAGCUGCAGGACAUCUGCCUAGGAGAGCCAUUUGCCACAGAGCUGGGAUGGCUGCUGUUGCAGGAGCCUCUUCUUGGGAAACCAGAGUUAUGGAGCCAGGAUGAAGUCGAGCAAGCAGGACGCCUAGUAUUCACUCUGUCUCCCGAGGCUAUUUCCUUGAUCCCCAGGGAGGCCUUGGGCCCAGAGACCCUGGAGCGGCUCCUAGAAAAGCAGCAGAGCUGGGAGCAGAGCAGAGCUGGACAGCUGUGUGCAGGGCCACAGCUCACUGCCAAGAAAGCAGCCCUGGUAGCUGGGGUUGUGCGGCCCACCACAGAGGAUCUCCCAGAACCUGUGCCAAAUUGUGCAGAUGUACGGGGAACAUUCCCAUCAGCCUGGUCUGCAACCCAGAUCGCAGAGAUGGAGCUUUUAGACUUUGAGGACUGCCUAGCACUGUUUGCAGGAGACCCAGGACUUGGGCCUGAGGAACUACGGGCAGCGAUGGGCAAAGCAAAACAAUUGUGGGGUCCCCCCUGGGGAUUCCGUCCUGAGCAGAUCCUGCAGCUGGGUCGGCUCUUAAUAGGUCUAGGAGAGAGGGAACUACAGGAGCUGAGCCUGGUGGACUGGGGUGUGCUGAGCACCCUGGGGCAGAUAGAUGGCUGGAGCUCCAUCCAGCUCCGGGUUGUGGUCUCCAGUUUCCUGAAGCAGAGUGGUCGGCACGUGAGCCACCUGGACUUCCUCCACCUGACUGCACUGGGUUACACGCUCUGUGGACUUCGGCCAGAGGAGCUGCAGCAUAUCAACAGUUGGGAGUUUAGCCAAGCAGCUCUCUUCCUGGGCAACCUGCAUCUCCCGUGUUCUGAGGAGCAACUGGAGGUUCUGGCCCAGCUCCUUGUGCUGCCUGGUGGUUUUGGCCCAGUCAGUAACUGGGGGCCUGAGAUCUUCACCGAAAUUGGUACAAUAGCAGCUGGAAUCCCAGACCUGGCUCUUUCAGCACUGCUGCGAGGACAGAUCCAGGGCCUCACCCCUCUGGCCAUUUCUGUCAUCCCUCCUCUGAAAUUUGCUGUGGUGUUCAGCCCCACCCAGCUAUCUAGUCUCACCAGUGUUCAGGCUGUGGCUGUCACUCCUGAGCAAAUGGCCUUUCUGAGUCCUAAGCAGCGACGAGCAGUUGCAUGGGCCCAGUAUGAGGGGAAGGAGACCCCAGAACAGCAGGGUCGAAGCACAGCCUGGGGUCUCCAGGACUGGUCACAACCCUCCUGGGCCCUGGCAUUGACCAUCUACUUCCUUGGCAACCUGCUAUGAGCCUGUCUCUGCAGUUAAAGAGAGAGAUUGUUGGGAAAGACAUUUUAAGUAAUAAUGAAUAAAGUGCAAAUGGA